AUGAAGCUCAAUCAAUCUCAAUUUGGUUAUCCUUUAGAAUUCAUUUGGUCUGCUUAUAUUUUACAAAUUGCCGAUUUUUAUAUCGCUACCUUUAAUUUCUUUUCACCUUCAGUUCAUCUUCAACAUAAUGUUCCUUUACCCUUCUCACCAAACCAUCCACCUCCAUUAUUUUAUAAUCCUUUUCUUUAUUCGAUUUGUUUAUUGGCUAGAGUCUUAGGACCUGAUCGGUCUCCUGAAUGGUUAAAAGCUUGGUCGGUUUGGAAUGGGGUCGAACAGAAUGGGACUUGGAGAGAUGUUAAUGCUCAUGAAGCUAAACAUGGUUCACGAAGCCCUUGUCCAGGUCUCAAUGCCUUGGCAAAUCACGGUAUCAUCAACGCUUCAGGCCGUGAUCUAUCUUUCCAUCAACUAGCUGCUGCUCUCUCCCGCACCUACAAUAUCUCGCCCACCUUUUCCGUACGAGCUUUGUUAGGUGCCACCACCCUUUGGGAAGGACGUAAAACUAUCAAUUUGUCCGAUCUAUGUGCUCACGGACUCAUUGAACACGACGGAAGUCUAUUGAGACCAGAUGUUAACUCUGGUGAUAACAAGAAGGCCAAUCAAUCUCAUCCUUACCCAGAUCUCAUCGAGAAAUUCUUCCCAGCUGGAAACAUUCCAGUGAAGCCUAGAGACCUUUCAAGAGCACUUACCAUCCGUCGAAUGGAAUGUGCAGCCAAGAAUCCAGCUUACUAUCGAUCGUUUAAAUUCGAUUUGAUCGGAAGUGAGAAUUGUGCCAUCUUACUUGCUGUGACGGGUGGGAAUCGAGAUGUGAUCAGAAAGUUUGCCGGGAUAGAUGGGAUCGAAAGAUUUGAUGCUUAUUGGAGACCUGCUACUCGUCAAGCUUUUGGACUUACUAUGGUGGAUGCUCAAUUCUUGUUAGGUUGGAUUGAGUUGGGCACUGGAUCGAGUAUUAAGCCUAAGAUCAGGCAGAUCUGA